AUGCAAUUAGCGUCUCUGGACUUUGAAGCCGCGUUCGACUCUCCUCACCGAGGCCGUCUUCUCAACGCGCUCCCCGCCGAUGGAGUACCGGGAAUGUUCGUUCGCUUGCUUGGUGACAUGAAUCAACGAACAACUGCUGCAGUUCGAACUCCAGCCGAAUGUACAACACCGUUUGCACCAUCAGGACGCCCCUUUACCGAACUCGAGUACGCUAACGAUGUUGUUAUAUUCGCGGAAAGCAGUACGAAACUUCACCAUGUUGUCAACCUUGUAUCGAAGCUGGCUGCAGCCUAUGGAUUAGGUCUACGCCCCGAUAAAUGCAAGCAGAUGAGACCGGCAGAUCGUCUUGUUCAACGAGUUCUGAGGAGUUCGCCGGGUUCGAGCUGGAAGAAGCCACCUGGCCGAAAACGGAAGUUCUGGUCUGAGGUGGUGAAAGAGGACCUGAGGACACUCGGCGUGGAUAGGCAGUUCAGACGAGACAAGAUCGAGAAGGUUGGGCAGAGCGGUGUUCAAGGACGGCAUACUUCGGAGAAGAUGCGGGUAGUCGCGUCAGGCGAUGACAUCAACCCGCCGAUUCAGUCACGCAUUAACCGCCUGAAACCCGUACCACCCAAGAAUCAUGGGGCGAUGCCUUCAAAGCAGGCGGAGAUGUUCAGAUUUAAAAUUCGAACCCGCAAUAUUCGUAUUAACGGGUUCUCGGUGCCAGCAUGA